AUGUCCCAGACGAGGGAUUAUGAAUGUGACAGCCAUGAUGCUGGCGUGCAGGAGCCCCGGAUUUCAGGGUCGAGCACGAGGCUGGAGUGGGUGGAGAUCAUCGAGCCGCGCACCCGAGAGCGCAUGUAUGCCAACCUGGUCACGGGCGAGUGCGUGUGGGACCCUCCUGCCGGCGUCCGCAUCAAGCGCACCAGCGAGAACCAGUGGUGGGAACUGUUUGACCCCAACACUUCCCGCUUCUACUACUACAACGCCAGCACUCAGCGCACCGUGUGGCACCGGCCGCAGGACUGUGACAUCAUCCCCCUGGCCAAGCUGCAGACGCUGAAGCAGAACACUGAGUCACCCCGCGCCUCGGCGGAGAACAGCCCCGGGCGGGGCAGCAGCGUCAGCCACGAGGGCAGCACCAGCUCCUCCCUGGAGCCCGAGCUGGAUGCCGGCGAGAAGGUGCAGGAGCCUUUGGGGAGGGCCAGCCGGCAGGCCGCUUUCGGGGCUCUGAAGGAAGAGAGCAGCAGGUGGAACUCAGGCACCAAGGAGCGUAUGCUCAUCAAAGUUGCGGACCGGGAGCCCAGCUUCCUCUCCUCCCAGGGCAAUGGCUAUGCCCUAGACAGCCAGUCUGGCGGCCGCUCCCGCAGACCCUCUGGUGGGCAGCACUCACCCAGCCUGCAGACGUUUGCCUCAGAAUCUGAUGGCCCCGUCUUCUUCCCUGAGCGGAGGCCAUCACCCUUCCUGAAGAGGGCCGAGCUGGGGAGCUGCUCCCCGCUGCUGGCCCAGCCACGCAAGCCUACCAGCGACUCGCAGCCCUCCUCCCCACGCUACGCCUAUGAGCCCCCCCUCUACGAGGAGCCUCCCGUGGAGUACCAGGCUCCUAUCUAUGAUGAGCCGCCCAUGGACGUCCAGUACGAGGCUGGCGGGGGCUAUCAAGCUGGCUCACCCCAGCGGUCUCCAGGCCGCAAACCAGCACCCUUCCCACAGUCACCCAAGCAGGGCUCCGCCUCACCCUACCAGCAGCUGGUGCUGACCAGGCAGAAGUGCCCCGAGCGUUUCCUGAGCCUGGAGUAUAGCCCUGCAGGCAAGGAAUACGUGCGGCAGCUGGUGUACGUGGAGCAGGCCAGCUCAAGCCCCAAGCUGCGUGCAGGCCCAAGGAACAAGUAUGCACCCAAUCCCGGGGGUGGCUCACUGCCCCUGCAGCCCAGCCCCUGCCUGCUGCGGGAUCAGCGCCUGGGGGUCUCCUCUGGGGACUACAGCAGCAUGGAGGGGCCUGAGCUGCGGCAUCAAGACGAUGCUAUGUCCUGGUCCAGCCAGCAGGACACCAUGUCCUCAACAGGCUACUCCCCGGGCACCCGCAAGAGGAAGAGCAGGAACCCCUCUCUGUGCCAUGUCCCCAGCGCCUCAUCCACCGAAGUCCCCGGGGACCGUGACCUCCUCGCUGAGCAGCCCCCGGCUGAGGAGCGGCCCCUGUGUGGGCCCGGCCUGGCCCCAGUGAAACGUGCAGAGGGCAAGACUGGCGAGGCUGAGCCCUUUCUGGCGCAGGCCCGGCUGGCCUGGGAGGCACAGCAGGCCCGCUUUCACACGAAGCAGAGAGGCAGCUGGGACUCCCAGCAGGACGGCUCAGGCUAUGAGAGCGAUGGGGCAGUGCCUCUGCCCAUGCCUGGGCCUGUGGUGCGCGCCUUCAGUGAGGAUGAGGCUCUGGCCCAGCAGGAGAGCAAGCACUGGCAGAGGGGCGCCUUAGAGAGGCUCGCUUUCCCCCAGAUCCUACUGGAGAAGAGCAUCUCUGUGCAGACCAACCUGGCGUCGCCAGAGCCCUACCUUCACCCCUCACAGGGUCACCUUCCCUGCAUCUUCCUGCCCACCUCUAGCAUGAACAGAGCCAGCUUUCUGGUUGACAGUGCUCAGCAGGGCCCCAUGACGCAGCAUAUGAAAGCGCUCCUGGAAAGGAACACUAAGAAGAAGUCCAAGUUGAGAAAGAAACCCAAGCCUUAUGUUGAGGAGCCGGAUGGGGUGGCGAUCAGCACAUACGCCAAGUACUGCUACCACAAGCUGCAAAAGGCGGCCCUGACGGGGGCCAAAAAGGGGCUGAAGAAGCCCAACGUGGAGGAGAUCCGGCACGCCAAGAACGCUGUGUUCAGCCCAUCCAUGUUUGGCAGCGCACUGCAGGAGGUCAUGAGCCUGCAGAAGGAGCGCUACCCUGACCGGCAGCUGCCCUGGGUACAGACACGUCUGUCCGAGGAGGUGCUAGCGCUCAACGGUGACCAGACGGAAGGCAUCUUCAGAGUUCCUGGGGACAUUGAUGAAGUGAACGCCCUGAAGCUACAGGUAGACCAGUGGAAGGUGCCUACAGGCCUGGAGGACCCCCAUGUCCCUGCGUCGCUGCUGAAGCUGUGGUAUCGGGAGCUGGAAGAGCCCCUGAUCCCGCACGAGUUCUACGAGCAGUGCAUCGCACAUUACGAGAGCCCUGAGGCCGCCGUGGCCGUGGUGCACGCGCUGCCCCGCAUCAACCGCCUGGUGCUGUGCUACCUCAUCCGCUUCCUUCAGGUGUUCGUGCAGCCAGCCAACGUGGCCAUCACCAAGAUGGAUGUCAGCAACCUGGCCAUGGUCAUGGCACCCAACUGCCUGCGCUGCCGGUCGGACGACCCGCGCGUCAUCUUCGAGAACACUCGCAAGGAGAUGUCAUUCCUACGCGUGCUCAUCCAGCACCUGGACACCAGCUUCAUGGAGGGCGUGCUAUAG